GCAACUAGCUAAAAUGAAGGAUCAAAGGAGACUCCCCUCACUCUUCCUCACUCUUGUCCUUUGCGUCUCUCCAUGGUCCACCUCUGGAAAAACAUUCUACAGCCACCAUGGGAUAAAAUGCACCGGCGACUGUCAUCCUCAGGGCUUAUUGCAGACAUACCAGUGCACAGUACACAAGACAGAUGGCACAGAAGAACUACAGUACUGUUCACCAAUGAGUGGGGUGGACUACAAGGGAAACGUGUGCUUUUAUUGCUGUGAGCAGCACGACAAUGGCUACUACCAGUGUGAAACAGCCUCGGGUUUGGGAUACUGUGGAGAUGUGAUAGAGGACUUAAACCAUUACACCUUAACAUAUGGUAUGCCGUGUUAUGAUAGCUGUGAAACGCGCGGUAAGAACUACUACUGGUGCCAUUCCACAAAGGGGUGGGAUUACUGCUCACCAAGAAAAAACGUUGAUUACAAAGGCAACGCCUGUCGCCAAGACCAUCCCUGUGACACACAUGGACGAGAUUACCACUGGUGCUAUUUGGACAAAGGAGGCUGGGACAAGUGUGGACGAGUGGAGCCAAAGGCAGUGAUUCAUGACACCAUAUCCCGAAAACGCUGCACUGAUGACUGCCAGUAUUCUCGCUACUUCUGGUGCCACAUUCAUGGUAGCUGGGACUACUGCUCACCUGCGCCAGACGUCACCUACAGAGAUGUGCCUUGUCGCUCAGAUCACAAUUGUGGAGACCAUGGCAAGGGAUAUAGCUGGUGCUACACAACAGACAACAAUAACUGGGAUUACUGUGGAGUCAUCUCUCCUGGAGAGUGCAGGUAUUCUGUGCCACACCGCACCAAACGGCAACCCAAGAAACCCAAUCAAACUAACCCACCACAGCUGAUCUGUACUCGGGAGGACAACAGCAGGAGGAGAGUGACCAUGUUCGAAGCAGUAGAAAAUCACCAAACCAUCGCAGACUCUCAUAAUUACCGUGCCGAAGCAUUCAAUUUAAUUAAUGAAUGGGACGGCCGGGGCCUGGGCCAACAGGCCAGGUCCAACUUGGUUACAUCAAGAAACCUUCGCAUUGACCUACAGGGUCUGUUUAACAGGAGUAAUCAGCAGUAUUACAACCUGCAGGUCCAGGUGAAGAGCCAACGUGUUAGUGGAAAAAGCACAACUCUGGCACACAUUGAAGCCCCUGUUGACACUCCACUUGAGUACAUGCGUUUGGCCCUCAGGGAGAGUUUACGGAACCGAGCCACGGUUUCACUGGAAGUGACUGACCAACCAAUAAACAACGACAACAGCUGUCACAAACGUCAUUAAUAUUAUCACUGAAACAUAUGUAGCUAAUGAAUGAGACAGAAAACUCUAUUAACUUUAUUUCUUCAUCAGUUGCUCAAUCACUGAAUUCCACAUAAUAACCAGACAACUGUCAGACGAUAAGCCUGAGUUAUUCUGAGGCUUUGUACCAUCACAUGAAGAUAACAGUAGUCUUCCAUUUUGAUUUCAUUUUUGUUGUAAAUAUAGUUUAAUAUCUAUCAAUUCAUUGUGUUUCAGGCUUAAAAAGCAAUUCUGUAGUGAAACAGUGUAAAAUGACCAAAUUAAAAUUCUAUAUUUGUACUUUGUACGAUGCAUUUAUUCAAACAAUAAUAAAGAU